CUCUCUCUCAUCUUUACUUAAAACAAUGAAUCAAAGUCCUAAUGCCGUUACUCUAUUAAGAGAAGCUACCAUCAAUAAUAAUAAUAAUAACAUCAAGUUACUCGAUGAUAAUGAUCAAGUAGUAACAGCCAUGUCUGCCUGUACUCGGAUCCAGUUUCCUUCCAUGGAUGACAGCAAACCUAUUUUCCCUCGACAAACAGAUACCCAUAUCAAAAAGGCAGCUCAUGACAGCAAUUAUACAUUAGAUACACUUGUGUUUUUGAUUCAACAUGCUCAACUUGACAAUAGUUCUUAUUUCAAGGAAUGUCGUGAACAACAUGUGGAUCACGUAUCCAUCGUCGACAAACGAAAAAUUUUGGAUUAUUUAACGGGCAAAAUUGAUGUUUUACCUACCACAGAAAAACGAUCUAGAGAAGAAGGCACAACAAGUACGAGUUCAACAGUACCAGAACAAAAGAACGAUAUUAAAGAUAAUCAUAUCAAGAAACAAAAGACAAUCAAACUAGACGAUCAAGCUGCGGUGAAAAGGAUCAUGGCCCAUGAACGAGAAUUGGAAACAAGAACAUCUAUUUUGCAAGGAACAAAAUCAUUCGAUAAAUUAGGUGACCUGGUGAAAUCCACUUUAUUUGCUACUGGGAAACCUUCAUCAAAUAGAUCUCAACAUGCAACAAUGAACGGCGCUGGACGUGGUAAUGACAAUAAACUCAAUAAACAAUCUAAAUUAUCCAUGGAAGAUAAAAUCCCAAUCAUCAUUGUACCUGCUGCUCCAACUGCGAAAUUGAACUUGUAUAAUAUCAAAGACUUUUUACAAAAUGAAAAAUUUGUGGAUGCUCAAGAAUUAAGAUCAUCAGGUGAAAAGAAACCAGAACAAGUAACGGUGGAAAGAAAACGAGCCAAUGGUCAAAGUGUGGUAUAUCAUGUAGUGGAUUCAGUCUCACAUUUUAAACAAUCAGAUUGGGAUCGUGUAUGUUGUGUUCUUGCUUCUGGUCAACAAUGGCAAUUCAAAGGAUGGAAAUGGGAAAAACCAUUAGAAGUAUUUAGCAAUGUGAAAGGUUUUUAUCCAAAAUGGACUUCGGAUAAAGUAACAGGGACAGCUGCAGAUUGGGCCGUGCAACAUUUGAAUAUUCAUCGUGAUCGACGGUAUAUGGACAAAGCAGCCGUGGUAGACUUUUGGCAGAAACUAGAUGCCUUUAAUCAAACACAAAAACCUUUUUUGAAUUAUUGAUUAUUAUUAUUAUUAUUAGUAUUAUUAUUAGUAAAUAAACCAACUGUGAUCAAUAGUGUUUUUAUUUGAGAUGAUUUUA